AUGAAAGACACACAAAUAAGUGAAAAUGAACACAAAGAAAAAGCUCAAAAAACCGAUAUUUUAAGGAAAAAGAAUACAUUAAACAAAGCAGAAAGACGUGAGAAGAUAUCAGUAGAUGAGACAAUCAAGGACUCCUUACAGACAUCUGACUCGUCUAAGAGUCUUUCAUUGCCUCAGAAAACCGUAUCAUCUAUAAAUACAUUUUUAUCUGAUAAUCCUUCUAAAGAGACAUAUCCAGUACCAAAUCAAAAUGCUUCUUCAACACCAUCUUUGCCCUUUCACCGUCUUAUGAUGUCUAUCCAAUCUAUGGUUGGUCAAGAAUCUGCUUCAUGGAAUAAUAACACAGGAUCAUCAUGUAAAAAUUAUACUGACGACACGGCUAAUACUAAGACUGUUAACCAAAACUCUGUUUCAUCAUUGAUUAACCGACAGACAAAUGAUAUGUUUCGUCCAAAUAUUGAGAUGAACUUUCCAAGACCUAUGAAUCAGCCUCCUUUAUUUAAUAAUAUCUUGGUUCAUGAUAACGACACUGAUCAAGAUAAACAAAAUUAUAAUAGAUACCAACACGUUCAUUUGUUUGAUCAAGUUUCACAACUUCCACCGCCUUUAUUUCCAAAUAAUAUGAUGAUGUUAUCAACAUUACCCUCUUUAUCACAAGGACAUCAAUCAUUAAAUCAAAACAUGGACCAGGGAAAACAAUAUUCAGUAAAUCACGUGGAAGAAAGCUAUAACUCUUCAUCAAAAGGUAUGCUUCCUAAUAAGUUUAAUGCACCCUCUCCAAAAGUUCAAAAAAAUUUUCAUUAUUGUACAGGUUCUAGUGGAAAAUCCACAGGUUUUUAUUUAAAUGAUCGACCAAAUACAGAGUUUCAUGAAAAUCCACUCAAACAGCCACUAACUCCUAAAUCAAUGUCUCAAGAGACUAUUCGUAGUUCAAAUAAAGUGAGCAUAACAGAUGAUCCUCCUAAGACAUCACAGGAAAUCUUGCCUCAGAAAAAAAAUCAAAAGGAAGGGAAAAAACAGUUUUUUCGUCCAACAGUUCCAUUGCCCAGGCCAAAAUUGAUAGUUAAAAAUGAUGCUGUUAUGAGUUUUAUAGAAGGAAUCGAAGAAAAGGAUCUGGGUGAACAUAUAUAUACACCUUUUAAACCCGUCCCAUGCCUUGACGGAAAACUUAAUGGUAUAUUGACUGUUCGAAUAGCUAAACAGUACUUUUAUAAAUCAGAAAAUGACGGUAUUAAAAAACGGGCAUUAUGGGGUACAGAUAUAUAUACAGAUGAUUCUGAUAUUGUUGCAAUCCUGCUACAUACAGGUCGUCUUAAAAAGAAAAGACCCUCAUGCGAUGCAAUCGUCAAGGUUCGUGUUCUUCCUCGCUUGAUUAAGUACAGCGGAAGUUUAAGACAUAAUAUUAUGUCCCGCGGUUGGAAAACAAAGCAUGACGGAGAAAGCAUUAUGAUUGAGGAUUUUAAAUGGGUUGAAGACAAAACAAGAAAGGGUCGAGGUGAUAUGAAAGAAAGAAUUGCUGCUAGAUAUAGACUACAGCUUUCUUUAUAA